CAGGCGCAGUUUGAGUCGACGUCACGACGUUGUUUUGUUGUCUGAAGCCAGUUCCUGUAGCUCGUGCUGUCCGUCGCGUGAGAACUACGUCUCCAUGCUGCAGUGAUGUAGCACGCAGGCGGAGGACUCCACCCUGCUGACUGCUCGUUAGCUCGUGUUCCUCUGCCGGCGCGUGAAGCUGCGUUAGCUCCGUCUGUCACCCAGCUAGCUCACAGGCUAGCGAUGAGCUGCUGUGUGUGCUAACGCAGCUAGCACCGCUGCCGGCCGGCUAACCUCCGUAUCUGCGCGGCGCGGAGCAGAGAGGCCUCCACCUCCACCUCCACCUCCAGCUCCAGCUAAGAUGUGGCAGAGUGUGGGGCUCACACUACUGGUCAUCGUGGCCGCGCUGCUCUGCGCGCUGCUCUUCAUGCUGUUCGGUUGGUAUGUAGUGUGGCAGCUCUUCCUGUCCAAGUUCAAGUUCCUGCGUGAACUGGUUGGCGAUGCUGGCACCCCGCAGGCCGAAACGCAGCCAUCUGAAACCAAGAGUGAACGUGCAGCUAACCCCCCAACACGAAAUCGGCCCAGGACACGCCAAAGAGUUGCCUCUCCAGAAAGCACGUCAUAGAUCACCUAGACACUGUGUAUCCUCCACAUCUAUGAAAGCCAUCCUCACUAUGAUCGGCCCUCAGUAAACAUCACGUGUGACCAUCAGAGAUGUUUCCCACUGACCCUGCACUCUACACUACACAAGGACCUUGUGGACACUCAGUAGUCGGCCUCCUCUCACCAGGACACUUUAAACUGACCAGGCAGAGCUCCUGGUUUUAAAGGGAAAAGCCAUUUACGUACAUUACUGUCCAUGUCUGUGUGUCAUCUGUUCAUAUGUUGCAUUAUGUACUGAGCAGUGAACCUGGGGCUCCUCUCACGCUCCUCCUGUUGUUAUUAGUAAUGGCCAGCCUUUAAGAGUGGCCACACUGCUUCCUGCCACCUACGUGGCGCAUGAUGAUGCUCCAUCACACAAAGAUGUGUGUGAAUUCUCCUACAUGUUUAAAUCUUUUUAAACUGAAAAAAGUCCUCCUUUGUACAAAGCAGGCAGAUAAUUAUCAAACAUGAGCUCAUCUACAUCAUUUCAUCAACUGAAGUUAAACUCCAAACUGAAACAGGGAUUUCUACAGCUGAUUAUUGUAUCUUCUAAAACAACGUGACAUAAUGUAAAGUGCAAUCAAAGGAAUGGGUCAUUUAGUUGUUUCUGUGUAUUCUGGACUCCCAUCCAGUAGAUAAUGCCCAAAACCUCCAAGGAAGUUGACAGAUGACACGGCUUCAUUCCAGUUGUGUUAAAUGUGACCUUUUUUGUUACAACUUCUCCAUCCCCCCUUUUUUUUUUCAAACCUAUAUUUAUACUUGAAGAGUCAGGAGAAAGUUGUUGGACUGUUGUUGAAGCAACCCUCCACAUUAUUAGCUGAUCUCCAGGAGCUAUGAAAGCAGGCUCCCUGCUGAUCGAGUGCUGUGUGAACCCUCUCCCGCUCCCUGUGCCUGUUUGUACCAGUGCCUGUCUACAGGGCAUCCACUGUUUAUCACAGGACCUCCUUUUGUAUAGCUGACAGUAGCUUUGUUUCCAUUAAAGGGCACAUCAAAGCUAAUCAAUAUUUAUGGAAUAUUCUCCCUCCAGGUAAAAAUCAUGUAACUCUUGCAUCUUUCUGUUAGCAGUGGUUUUUUUUCUUCUUCUUUUCUUCAGUGGAGUGCUAGCUUCAAAUAAAUAAUGCCAUGAAUCUGUUGAGUGAACUGUCACGUGAUCGAUGGUUCAAAGUACUUUUUAUAUUGGGUGUAAUAAACAUACAUACAUAACAUAAACUGCCUCAUUCUGUAUACACAAGCUAAUAACCAUGUAUUACUAGUUAGAAUUGGUCGUUGUCCAUUAUCUAGUCUUCCUGGGAUCCACAGAAAAACAAUAAUAAAGCAGCUGUUUACAGUCAAUAUCUAGACAAGAAACUGCCGUCAAAUAAAAAAAGUGAUAGAAUAUG